AUGAUCGGCUCGAAUGGCCGGAAUGGACGCUCCGGAAAAUAUGUACUGCCGCCGAAGAAUGAUGAUUUGUCGUGCCAGAAGUGCCCAACAGCCCUUCAAGGGCCACCCGGUCAUCCCGGCGUCAAGGGCCCACGUGGAAACCCAGGCAAUCAUGGCACAGACGGUCGUCCUGGUGCCCCGGCGCGAAAGGGUCCACCCGGACCUCCAGGAGUCCGCGGACCGCCUGGAGACAUUGGAAUGCAGGGACCUCCCGGUGAUCCUGGCCGCGUCCUAAACGGUGCCCCGCCCGGUCAACCCGGUCAGCUUGGACAUAUGGGACCUCGUGGAAAGCCUGGAGCUAAUGGAAAUGAUGGUCGCUCUGGUGGUGCGGGCCCGGCUGGACUCCGUGGUGACCCCGGACAGCGUGGUUCCGAUGGACAACGAGGACUUCCAGGGCCGACUGGACCCCCUGGAUCUCCCGGAAUCCAAGGAUCCUGCAGCCAUUGUCCGAACGAUGGUCGUCAGGCUGCUCCUGCACCAGUAGCUCCCGCAGAUACCCAAGAUGCCUAUUCCUCCCCCGCUCAGGCUCCCGUUGCGGCUACUUAUCAGACCCAGGAGCAAGGAAACUCAUACGAGCAAAAUACACCUACUAAGAGCGCCUACGAGCAGGAGGAGCAAGAGGAGGAAGAGGAGGAACAACAGUACGAGCCAAAGCCGACUGCCGCUGGUGGGGCCAGCGCCGCCUCUCUGAGCUACGACAACUCGGUCCCGUCCGUCCAACCGCCACAGGGCUCUGAGUAUGCCCGAGCACGAGCUCACGGCCAGCAGACGUUGUAUUACAGAGAUCCAUCUCGCUCCCGAGCCCACGCCAUCCCGAGCCGAAUCCCCGCCAACUUUGCCAACGAGCCGCCGGCCUAUUUGGAACCGAUGAGCCGUGCUCAUGGCACACCGAACUACGGUAUCCAACCCCAAGCAUCGUACCAGCGCACCGCCUCCGACUACGGUUUUGGAGCUGUGGGUUAUCAGAAUACGAGCCCUUACCAGUCCAACCCGAACCGAUGGCCACCACAGCGCAACCAAAACGGUACCUUCCUA